AUGAUAUCGGUACAGCUAGAAACUAAUGUUUCAAAUGAUGACAUGUCGUCGUUCAAGAGGAAAAGCAGUUAUUGCUCUCAUUCCGAGUCACUGGAUCAAGCGAUCGGCUUCGACGAUGGUGGUAGAUUCGAAAAUGACUGCGAAGGUCUGGUACCGAAAAUGAGUGAUGUUAUAAAGGAUGCAGUGCAUCCAAAAAGUCCGUAUUCGAAACUGCAUUUUGUUCAGUUUCUCUUGAAAAGUCAUUGUAUCGAAAAUUUGGAUUUUUACAUGGACCUAACUCAGUUUUUAACACAUUACGAAUGUCACGUCUCUCGCGGUGAUGGUAAAAGUAAAGAUUGGUCGUCAAUGUUUCGUUCUUACAUAGAGUCAGAAAUAGUGAAUUUGCCUGGAACGUUAAUAGAGCAGACAGAUGGAUCGUUUAUUCCUCCGAAAGAGGUAUUAAUGAAAAUACAAAAGCUUUUACGGGGGUACCUUCACAAUUCAUACCAUGCAUUUGUCGAGCAGGUUUCGGCACCCAGAAGACGGCAUUAUAGUUCUGUUGAUGAGAAUCCAUUCGAAAAAUCUGUUACACCUAAAAGCUCAAAUACUAGUGUUUCCCCGGCGACAUCAAUUGGCCCCAAAGAUUCUGAUCCUGAUGUCUUAGAUUCAAAAGAGUCAUCCCUUCAUCCCACAAAAGAGCGUAAGUAUAGUGUAUCUAAUGCAGCGCUUUCUUUGUUAAAUGUUGGCUCUAAUUCGGGUAAUGGCUCUUGGGGUAAACUUACGAGGAAGUUCAAAUGGAGGCGGGCUUCUAGUUCAUCGAAGUCGGAUUAG